AUGGCAUCAGAUGUUGACAAGGAGAAAGGAGAUAGUCAGUGCUUUUUAAAGCUGUCCUUCACACCUCAGGAAGAUCCCUUACAAGAUUUUCCGGAGGAAAAGUGCAUAGCUAGAGCUUUAUAUGAAAGAAUUACAGAAAAUGAUUUACAAUCAGAAAAGUUAAAAUAUGAAAUCGAAGAAGCUAAUGUCAAAGCAGUAGCAGCAUCUAGUUGUAAUUCAGAAAGUUGUAGUGAUCAGUUACAAGCAGAAAAGUCAAAAUCCGAAAAAGAAGAAGAGAUGGACAAAACAGUAGCAGAACCUAGUUGUGAAUUAGACAACAGAGGUGAACAGUUACAAGCAGAAAAGUUAAGAUCUGAAAAAGAAGAAGAGACGGUCAAAGCAGUAGCAGAAUCUAAUUGUGGAUUAGACAGAAGAAGUGAACAGUUACACACAGAUAAGUUAAAAUCAUCCAGAGAAGAAGAAUCGGAUAAAGGAGUAGCAGAAUCUAAUUGUGAUUCAGAUAGAAGUAGUGAACAGUUACAAAUAGAAAAGUUAAAAUCACUAAAAGAAGGUGAAUCGGAUAAAGCAGUAGCAGAAUCUAAUUGUGAUUCAGAUAGCAGUAGUAAACAGAUACACGACGCAUAUAAAGAAUUUCAUUCAGGAAAUGAAGAAAAGGCGACAAAAGCAGUAACUGAAUAUAGUUGUGAUUUAGCAAACAGUUCUGAACAGAAAAAACUUCUUAGAUGA